AUGCAGGAAGUGUGUAGUGACGUCAGAAUUGAACCUCAGCUCAUGCCACUUGACAACAACUUGAUGCCAAUGGAAAUGAUGCAUAAAACUCUUGUCUAGAUGUGUCAGGUAUUGGAGUUUGGGGGCCAUUUGAAAGAACAUUCUUACACACAAGAGUUAUGUACCCGAAUGCGUCAUCAUACGUUGACAAAAGUAUCGAUCAGGUGUAUAUUGCUCACGAAAAAAGAAAAGAAAAGAGCAUAAAAUGAACGAGUGAUACAAAAGGAAAAGGGCACAUUCACUGCUUCUGUGAUGUCGACGUCUGGGGGUGUUGGCAUCGAAGCUGAUAGACAUCACAAGCGUAUUGCCUCUCUGAUAGCUGAGAAAAGAAGAGAAAGUUACGCCGAUGUCCUGAACUACAUUGGAACAAAACUCAGAUUCUGCUUAUUGAGGAGCGUUUUAAUCGCAAUUAGAGGAGUUCGAGGAAAGAGAUUGAAAAAGAAUACUACAUCAAUCUCUUCUCUCUAA